CACGGCAGAGCCACACGACACGGCAGAACGACACGGCAGAACGACACGGCAGAGCGACACGACAGAGCCACACCACACGACAGAACGACACGACAGAACGACACGACAGAAACGACACGGCAGAGCCACACGACACGGCAGAGCCACACGACACGGCAGGGCCGCACGACACGGCAGAGCCACACGACACGGCAGAGCCACACGACACGACAGAACGACACGGCAGGGCCGCACGACACGGCAGGGCCGCACGACACGGCAGAGCCACACAACAGAGCUCACGACACAGCCACGCGGCAGAGCCACACGGCACGACAGAACGUCACGGCAGAGCCACACGACACGGCAGAGCCACACGACACGACAGAACGACACGGCAGGGCCGCACGACACGGCAGGGCCGCACGACACGGCAGAGCUGACACGACACGGCAGAGCCGAACGACACGGCAGAGCCACACGACACGACAGAACGACACGGCAGGGCCGCACGACACGACAGAACGACACGGCAGGGCCGCACGACACGGCAGAGCCACACGACACGGCAGAGCCACACGACAGAACGACACGGCAGAGCCACACGACACGGCAGAGCCACACGACACGGCAGAACGACACGGCAGGGCCGCACGACACGGCAGAGCGACACGACAGAACGACACGACAGAACCACGGCAGAGCCACACGACACGGCAGAGCCACACGACACGGCAGGGCCACACGACACGGCAGAGCCACACGACACGGCAGAACGACACGGCAGGGCCGCACGACACGGCAGGGCCGCACGACACGGCAGAGCCACACGACACGGCAGAGCCACACGACACGACAGAACGACACGGCAGGGCCGCACGACACGGCAGAGCCACACAACAGAGCUCACGACACAGCCACGCGGCAGAGCCACACGGCACGACAGAACGACACGGCAGAGCCACACGACACGGCAGAGCCACACGACACGACAGAACGACACGGCAGGGCCGCACGACACGACAGAACGACACGGCAGGGGGCACGACACGGCAGAGCCGAACGACACGCCACGGCAGAGCGAACGACACGGCAGAGCCGAACGACACG